AUGGCCUUGGGCGGAUACAAACACGUCGCGCGCGCGUCGCUGUUCGGGGGGAAGCGUGCACAGCAACGAGGCCAGAAACGACAACCCGAGGAACAGAUCCUCGGCUGCUCGCCCACGAGCUCCAAUGCAGCACCCAAGCAGAAACUAUCACACAAAUUAGAACAGACUGGUUCACCACUAGGCGCCACAGACUCCCAGAAGAAAGGGAAACGGAAGCUAUCAACCCCAGAGAAAGAGCGAUUCAAAAGCUCAGAAUCCUGGAAUUCAGAACAGCAGCGAUUGCGGAACGAAAAGAAGAAACAGCUCAAGAAACUGAAAAAGCAGCAAAGGCGUCGAGAAAGGAAGAAGCGAUCUCCGUCAGACCCUCGAGCGAAGCCCAUGGAGACCGUGGAGGAGACUGCGAAGAUGCAAAAAGAGGGUGCAGUUCUGGAGAAUUCAGAAGCUGCUAGCGAAUCAGAAAGUCAUAGCUUCCCAAUUCGAGUGGUUGAAGUCGACGAAGGGAUGAAGUACGACCUCGCUGUCAAAUUUGGAUGGAUAGAUCCGAAAGAGGACAACUCCGGCUCGAUGCAGGAUAACUUUGUUGACUCCGCUUACGGAAACGACCAUCAUCCACAACUGCCGAGGAAGAACACCGUCACACUUGUGCCGGAUACCUUGCACGAAAUAAUUCCGCCGCGCCAUCAAAGCCCACCGAUCGACUAUGUCCCACGCACACCCACAAACUCACCUUCGCCACAGGAGCCUAUGACUCCAAAUCGACCCAUAAGAACUCCAGACGUCCUGGUCGUCACUCCUAGCAGACGCCGUCCCAGUCCGCAGCUUGAGUUCAUCGUGUCGCCAAAAUCUUCCGCUGGUCACCAAGCCGCGGCUAACAUGCUCGUCGCCUUGAAGUCGCGUACUGCGCGACUGAACACUCAGAUUGCUGGCUUCAACACGCACCUUCUUGGACUACUGAACAGAUUAACUUUGCCAGCCAAAGAAACGCGGAGUGAUUCAACAGCCAAGGCGAAGGUUCUACGCAAGAUCAUAACCGCGAUGGAAGAGCAUUCUAACCAAGUGUUCAUGAUGGAAUUUGCGCUGCGAGACCUGGUUGACGAAGGAUAUGAAGACUUGUCUGAAUCUUUGAAAAAGACUGAGGGAGAGUUUGUGGAGUUGGUGAAGGUUUAUGAGCGGAAGGUGUAUGAGCUCAUGGGCAAGUUGUCACCGGGGGCGUUGGAGAAGACAAUGAGAGACCCAGGAGACACGCAGAGUGUGAGAGCAUUGGAUCCUGAGCAGUGA